UGGGUUACUCUCACCACGGAAGAAGAAAAAGCAGGAAGUGCCUGCCUGACCGCAAAUGUUGUGAUUGUUUGUAUGUGCAGUUGCUAGGUGGACAAGUUCAAGUAUUGUAUUUGUCUUUUGUGUAAAGAUCAAUACACUGUAAGUACCAUGGCGAGUCCAGAGACACCAGGAGAUGAGCGUAUGGAGCUGGGGGCCGGGGCUGCAGUGGCAAGCUGUUCAGACUCUUCUUCUAUCAAGCCUGGCCCCUCAGGUGCCAAAGUAGACUCCCACCUCCAAGAUGCCAUCCACCUAAAAACGCAGGGGAACAAAUUCUACAAAGAGAAAAACCUUCGGUCUGCCAUUGGACGUUACCACCGUUCGUUGCUCGUUCUGCGUAGUUUAGACUCUGAUGUCACUGCGGCAGUGAAAGGGUUUGGUCCUGAGGCUCCUGUACUCACCGCAGGACAAGAGGAACUACUUAGGAACACACAGGUCGACUGCUACAACAAUUUAGCAGCCUGUCUGUUGCAGAGAGAGUGUGUAGACUACACGCGUGUCCAGGAGUACAGCUUGCGGGUGUUGAAGUGGCGUCCGGGUGACAUCAAGGCCCUGUACAGAGCAGGAGUGGCCUCUCUGCAGCUGGGAGACGCACAGAGUGCCAAGCAAUACCUCACUCAGGCCAGCAAAGGACAACCCAACGACACUAAUGUGAGGAGGCACUUGCAGCAAGCAGAGGAUAGGCUGAGCACAGAGUACCAGAAGGAGAAGGCUCUGUACCGAGGCAUGUUCUCCUCCAGUCAGAGAGCCGGGGAGGGGGCCAGCGGUGGAGUCGCCCAGAAAUAAGUUCCCAUCAGGGGGGAUGUUCUGUUGUUCUGACCCUGAGGAUUGAAAAGAAAGAGGAAACAAACCUAGACUGGACUACAGCACGUUAGAAGGACUUGGCCUGAGCAAGGCCGGUUGGCUAAUAUUGAUCACAUAAUAUAUUGAUCACAUAAUGAGUAGUUAUUUGCCUGAUGACCAACAGGAAGCUAAGUUGUUGGAGGUUCAAAAGGGUUGAAGGUCAAAGGGAGGGUACUAAAGAGAGACUGUUUUGUGCGCUGUUCAAACUCAAAAGUAAUGUUAUGCCUUCUGAAUGUGGUUGUUUCUGGUCUAAUGAUCAGUUAUGUGUUACUUUUUGUGUACAAAAUGUUUUGAUUCAACUGAAUAAAUAUUUUUUUGAAAUGACAA